ACUUCCGCCUUUAGUCCCGUACUGUGGAGGGGGCCGGGUCAAUCGGGUUUCCCUCGCCAUGGCGGACAUGGAGGAGCUGUUCGGAAGCGACGCCGACACCGAGCCGGAGCAAAAAGACUCAGAUUCUGGGUCCGAUUCGGACUCCGAUCAGGAAAACGCAGGCUCUGUUAGCAACAUUUCUGGCAGCGAGAGUGACAGAGAUGACAACAGAGAGGCGGUGAAGCCCAGUAACAAAGAACUGUUUGGUGAAGACAGCGAAGACGAUGCUGCUUCUCACCAUAGCGGGAGCGAUAACCGGUCUGAGAGGUCCUACAAUCACUCCGAGGCCUCGGGACAUUCUGACCACGAUGAUAACGACCAGUCAGAUAUUGAUCAGCACAGCGGCUCGGAAACUGCUCGGGACGAAGAUGAGGAUGAGGAACGCCGGUCAGAUGAAGCCAGCCAUCACUCUGAAGCGGAAGGAUCCGAGAAAGCCCACUCGGAUGACGAGAAGUGGGGGAGAGAAGAGAAGAGCGAUCAGUCGGACGAUGACGAGAAGCUCCAAAAUUCCGACGACGAGGAAAGGCCUCAGAAUUCCGAUGACGAAGAGAAGCUGCAGAACUCGGACGACGAGGAACACCCUCCGCUCCCCAGCAAGGACCGGCUGCAGAUCUCGGAUGAGGAGAAGAUGCACAACUCGGACGAAGAAGAACCGCCCCAGGUGUCGGACGAGGAGAAGCUGCAGCAUUCCGACAACGAUGAGAGGCCACGGCAUUCCGACGAGGAAAACAUGCCGAACUCGGAAGACGAAGAGGAAAGGCCGCAGCAUUCUGACGAGGAGAAGAUGCAGAAUUCGGACGACGAAAGGCCUCCACAUUCCGAUGAUGAAGAGCGCAGGCUCUCGGAUGAUGAAGAGGAGCAUGAGCAUAAAUCUGAGUCCGCCAGAGGCAGCGACAGUGAAGAUGAAAUCCAACAGGUGAAGCGCAAGAAACACAUUGCAUCGGAUUCUGAAAUGGACAGCGAUGCAGAAGGUCAAAAAGACCAUAGGGAUGCCAUGGAUCUGUUUGGAGGCGCAGAUGAUAUCUCUUCGGGGAGCGAUGGAGAAGACAAGCCCCCAACACCAGGGCAGCCUAUCGAUGAGAAUGGGCUAAACGAGGACCAGCAAGAGGAGCCAGUUCCAGAGACCCGGAUAGAAGUGGAAAUCCCGAAAGUGAACACCGAUUUAGGAAACGACUUGUACUUUGUGAAGCUUCCCAACUUUCUCAGUGUGGAGCCCAGACCGUUUGAUCCUCAGUAUUACGAGGAUGAAUUUGAAGACGAGGAGAUGCUGGAUGAAGAAGGCAGAACGAGGCUGAAGCUGAAGGUGGAAAACACGAUACGUUGGCGGACCCGCCGAGAUGACGAAGGGACUGAGGUUCGAGAGAGCAACGCGCGGAUCGUCAAGUGGUCCGACGGGAGCAUGUCGCUCCAUCUGGGGAACGAAGUGUUCGACGUCUACAAAGCUCCCCUGCAGGGAGAUCACAACCAUCUCUUCAUCAGACAGGGGACCGGUCUUCAGGGGCAGGCCGUGUUCAAGACCAAGUUAACUUUCAGGUCUCAUCUCGGCUGUGACAGCCACCAUUGGUGGAAGAUGACGCUGUCGCUUGCGGACAGGUGUUCAAAGACGCAAAAGAUCCGCAUCUUGCCCAUGGCCGGCCGCGACCCAGAGUCCCAGCGUACGGAAAUGAUUAAGAAAGAGGAGGAGCGGCUGCGGGCUUCGAUCCGCCGCGAGUCCCAGCAGAGGAGGAUGCGGGAGAAGCAGCACCAGCGAGGGCUGAGCGCCAGCUACCUGGAGCCCCGACGCUAAUGCAGGAAGACGGCAUGGUGGGAGGCCAUUAGUCAUUUUCGCAUUAAAACCGUACAAAGUUAAGCGGAAUCAGAGAGGAGCGUGCUCGGAUUUAUUCUUCGGACAGCAUGAAGGGUCAGAUGAAGAUAAAGCCCAGAGGUUGCUGAAGGCAAAGAAACCUUAGCAG